AUGACUUUUUCCAUUGCCUUUCAAUUAGGAGCUUCUUCCUCCUCUUCAUCUCCUUCCAUUUUUCAAUGGAAUCAUGAUGUAUUCUUGAGCUUUAAAGGUAAAGAUGUUCGUCACAACUUUAUUUCUCAUCUAAAUCGUGCUUUGCGUCAAAGUGGAAUCAAGACUUACAUGGAUGGCAUCGACCUUGAAAGACGAGAACAAAUUUCAUCAGAACUUUUCAAAGCUAUUGAAGAGUCACAAAUUUCAAUCAUUGUAUUCUAUAAAAACUAUGUAGAAUCUAGAUGGUGCUUAGACGAGCUAUUGAAGAUUCUUGAAUGUAAGAAAGUAAUGAAACAAAUUGUUUUACCGAUAUUCUAUAAGGAAGCUUUAGAAGAAGUAGCCAAUUUGUCUGGUUUGGAAUAUUUAGCCAUCCGGUUUUCACAAAAAUAUGUCAAUACACUCAUUUUUCCUCAACAAAAACAAGUGGGAGGUCUUAUUCAGCUACAAAAUACACUUCUUUCAGAGAUCUUAGGAACAAGAUUGGAUAUUAAUGAUGUUGAUAGAGGAAUCGGUGUAAUUUGGCAUAGACUUCAAUCUAAAAUGAUUCUACUCAUUCUUGAUGAUGUGGAUGAAAUGGUCCAACUAGAAAAAUUAGCUGGAAAUCGUGCUUGGCUUGGUUCAGGAAGUAGAGUCAUCAUAACAACAAGAGAUCAACAUUUACUAGAUAACUCUAAAGUUGAUUUAAAAUACGAGGUGAGGACUUUGAAUGUCAAUAAAGCUCUUCAACUGUUUAGCUUGUAUGCUUUCGAGAAAAACGAACCAUUGAAGGAUUUUGUUGAUCUCUCCAAACAAGUAACAAACUAUGCUCAGGGUCUUCCACUAGCUUCAACAGUGCUAGGUUCGGAUCUAAAAGGCCGAAGUAUACAUCAAUGGAAAAGUACAUUGGACAAGUAUAAAAGCAUUCCCAACCAAAACAUUCAGAGAAUACUUUGA